AUGGAGUCGCUGCCGUCAGCUUGGAUAAAACGAGAUCCUCAGAGAGCAGAAGUCUUGACUCACUCUGGGACUUCAUCAGCUCCUUCCACGUCCACUUCUAACACCCUUCAUCAUCCCGAUACUACGACAGGAUCACUUUGCCAGCGAAGCCACUCCCUGAAGAUAGGAAGGAGCAAAAAGAGUACAUCGGAUCCCCAAGUCCUUCAGUUUCCUCAUACCCGCACCCUACCUACACCUACGAGAUUUUCCGAUUACAUGGAAACGAUGAAGUCUGAGGCCCAACAGCAUGGCCCAACAGUGCUGCCCUCGGCGCGCCAGGCCCUCAAAGACAGUAUCGUCAACUUUUCCAGGACCAACCUGGUUUUGCGUACGUCUAUAGCGGAGGAGGUGAAGAAAGGCAUAGAGGGCACUUUAACAGGCAUUGAAAAAGAUCCUAUCCAGAUCGUCACGACAGUUGGUUCUCAUGGCAAAACUUUUUGGAGCAGAGUGCAUCAAGAAUGCUAUCACAGCCAGGCCGUUUUGAGGAGCCAGCCUCUGCAUCAAAUCUACUCGAAGAAGGACAUUGAGAGAAUAUUGUUCUUUUGGGCUGUUCAUCAGAGCACUCUUUCGUAUGGGGACAUCGCUUGCAAAUUACAUCUACCCGUCGGUGCCCUUUUGUCGUGGAUAUUGGGAUUCAUAGAUCGUCCGCAGGAAAUCUAA